AUGGACAGAAAGCUGAACAGGUCCAUAGAUGCUUUAGAUGAUAAUGACGAAGAAGAAAUGGCCGAUAAUGAUGAGGAGGAAGACGAAGAAGAGGAAAUAAAAGAUGACAGUGCAGCUAGUAGUGAAGACGUUGAAGAGGCAAACGAAGAGUUUGAGAAACUUACAAAUCUCCUAAUCCACAAAACUUCGAUAAGGACCAGACGUACAAUUGCAGAAGACCUCAAAUACAACUUAAUUUACGUUCAACCGUUCUGUAACAAGGCUCUUGACGUCAUCGUCAACUCAUUCGAAAGAGAGCCGAUAGAUUUAGAGAGCUUAUCAGCUGAAGAUAGAAAUUACGUCGUUGAGAGGUUGAGCUUAGACCUUCCACUUUCCAUCGUCACACAUAGAAUCACAAGCGACCGAUAUUGGGAAAGGAAAAGCGAACAGUUAAUAGGAGCUGAACUGAAACAUCUCGACUUGAAUGACUACGAAAAUAACCACAAAAGAAUUUUUUUCGAGCACUUCUUGAAGAAUAAGAUUACCAGCUUUGUGCCUCUAAAUCAUGAUUUUAAAAAUUUGAUCAAAUUUUGCUCAUUGGGUGGUAGUUUCGUCAAAAGACUCUGCCUUCAUCAAUUAUUAAUACCAGUGGAACUUCCCAAAGAUUUCAAGCGGGAAUCGAUAAACUUCGAUGACAUCACCUCCAAAGAAACUCCCAACGGACACCUGAAUCUUGGAGUUAUGGGGCAGUAUUUUCCUAAUUUAGAAGAACUAGAAAUAAUGUACCGGGUAGAGAACUGCGGUUUGAAUUUCGAGUGGGACAUGAUGUACUGCACGAAAUGGGACUGCCUUUCACUCUGCAAAUUCAUAAUUAACACCCCACUUUUGAAAAUCCUGUCAAUCAACCACAGCAGACUGGAUGACGUCAAGUUGCAGUUACUUACGGCGAAUCUGCCUCACGCUAAGAAUUUGAUGGAGUUAUCACUGGCCUACAACAACAUCGGAGAUGAUGGGGCGAGAUUUUUGGCCAAGUACCUACUCACAGACCCGCAACUUUUUCUCCUAAACUUAUCAGACAACAACAUCUCGUUGGAAGGGGGCCUUGCACUUUUCUACAGCCUACUAACCAACACAAACCUCGUCAGCCUGGUACUCUCUAUGAAUAACAUAGGGUCCAAAAUAGGGCCGAUGUUAGCCAGAGCCCUGUCAGAUAAUUUAGCCUUGAGGAAAUUGUCAUUGGCAGCUAACGGACUCAAUGAUGAAUUUUUGGAGGUUUUUUCAAAAUCUAUUGAGAAUUAUGUAGGCGUCAGUGAGUUGGAUUUUUCAAGCAAUCCUGAUAUUACUAUUGUGGGUUUUUAUGAGUUAGAUUUUACUGAUAUUAAGACCUGCUUGAACUACAAACUUGAGAGCAAUAGGAUAAGAAAAUAUAAGUCCGUUCACAAGGUGAUAACGAGACUGAAGAACCUGAUGAAAUCAAAGAGAAGCAUCUCGAAGUCCGGGUUCUCCACUUUCUCUGAUUUUAAUACGAUAAAUUUGGAAUAA